AUGCUUCACCUCGACUUCUCAAUUCCCGACGACGGUGACUUUUACCGCUCGGAGGUGAUGCUGAACCAUACGGCGCCACCUGGAAUGCGCAUCUUGUCUGUUGAUGCAAAAGCCAAAAGCCACGUGGAUGCAAACGGGCUCCGUGUAAAAAUCGGCUACUUGGACCAACACCAUGACGAGCUCACUCUUGCCUGUCGUUUGACGAAAGUGGAGAAGGAAAAGCUAAGCGCCGAUGAAAAUGAGGCUCAAGUGCUGCUCGGAAAAGUGCUGGGGAUGCUGGCGCGAAUAUAA